AUGACUUCUUCAUCUCAAUUCAAACAAUUGGAAAAAUUAGGUAAUGGUACGUAUGCUACUGUUUAUAAAGGGUUAAACAAAACUACUGGUGUUUAUGUAGCACUUAAAGAAGUUAAAUUGGAUAGUGAAGAAGGUACUCCCUCCACAGCUAUUCGUGAAAUUUCUCUAAUGAAAGAAUUGAAACAUAAUAACAUCGUCAGAUUGUACGAUGUGAUCCAUACAGAAAAUAAAUUAACCCUAGUGUUUGAAUAUAUGGACAAAGAUCUGAAAAAAUUCAUGGAUGCAAGAUCCCUAGCACAUGCCAACCAGUUAAAUGCCAACGCUAACCAGAAUAUAAAUAGUGGUAAUCCAAUGGGUAACAAUGGUAAUUCAAAUUCUAAAACACAACCGAUUGGGUUAGAAUUAAACUUGGUGAAAUAUUUCCAAUGGCAAUUAUUGGAAGGGGUUGCAUAUUGUCAUGAAAACAAGAUCUUGCAUAGGGAUUUAAAACCACAAAAUUUAUUGAUUGAUAAUAAAGGACAAUUGAAACUAGGAGAUUUUGGGUUAGCAAGAGCCUUUGGGAUUCCAGUAAACACUUUUUCCAGUGAAGUGGUGACGUUAUGGUAUAGAGCUCCGGAUGUGUUGAUGGGAUCUAGAAAUUAUUCCACUUCAAUUGAUAUGUGGUCUUGUGGCUGUAUUUUAGCUGAAAUGAUUGCUGGUAAGCCAUUAUUCCCAGGAACAAAUGAUGAAGAACAGUUAAAAUUAAUCUUUGAAUUAAUAGGAUCUCCAAAUGAACAGAAUUGGCCAGGAAUCACAUCUUUACCUAAAUAUAGCCAAACUGUUAUUCAACCUUCACAGCCAAAGAAUUUGAAACAUGUGCUACAACCUUAUACAAAGGAAUUAUUGGAUGACAAUGUAAUCGAUUUAUUAAAUGGUUUAUUACAAUUGAAUCCUGAUAUGAGAUUAUCAGCUCAACAAGCUUUAUAUCAUCCUUGGUUCGCUGAAUAUUACCAAAAUCAAAACCAGAACCAGAACCAACAACAGCAACAGCCACAACAACAGCCUCACCAACAAUAA